AGGAGGCACCGGCAGCAGCGGAGGAGGCACCGGCAGCACCGGAGGAGGCACCGGCAGCACCGGAGGAGGCACCGGCAGCAGCGGCGGGCACACGAUGCGACCCCCGAGCCCCUGGGCCGCGCUGCUGCUCCUGGCUGCCCUGGCGGCCCCCGAGGCGCUGCCCAGCGCCCGCGGCAGGAAGAAGGUCGUUCAUGUGAUGGAGGGUGACAGCGGCGCCGUGGUGGUGCAGACAGCGCCGGGCAAGGUGGUGUCCCACCGCGGCGGCACCAUCAUCCUGCCCUGCCGCUACCACUACGACGUGUCCGCGCACGACCCGGCCGAGAUCCGCCUCAAGUGGACCAAAGUCACGGAGCCCAUGGCCUUCGUGGACGUGUUCGUGGCCCUGGGCCAGGCGCGCCGGGCGUUCGGGUCCUACCGCGGCCGCACCGAGCUGCAGGAGGACGGCGCGGGCGACGCGUCCCUCAUCAUCCGCAACGUCACGCUGCAGGACUACGGGCGCUACGAGUGCGAGGUCACCAACGAGCUGGAGGACGACACCGGCGUGGUCAAGCUGGACCUCGAAGGGGUGAUUUUCCCGUACCACCCUCGCCUGGGCCGCUACACCCUCAACUUCCACGAGGCCGAGCGGGCGUGCCGGGAGCAGGACGGGAUCCUGGCGUCGCACGAGCAGCUGCACCAGGCCUGGCUGGAGGGGCUGGACUGGUGCAACGCGGGCUGGCUGCAGGACGGCUCGGUGCAGUACCCCAUCGCCCGGCCCCGCGAGCGCUGCGGCCGCAAGGACGCGCCGGGCGGCGUCCGCAACUACGGCCACCGGCACAAGGAGAGCGAGCGCUACGACGCCUUCUGCUUCACCUCCAACCUCAACGGCAAAGUUUACUUCCUGAAGACCUUCCGCAAGCUCGGCUACGCCGAGGCGGUGCAGGCGUGCCGGAACAACGGCGCGGCCGUGGCCAAGGUGGGGCAGCUGUACGCGGCCUGGAAGAUGCAGCUGCUGGACCGCUGCGAGGCCGGCUGGCUGGAGGACGGCUCCAUCCGCUACCCCAUCGUCAACCCCCGCGCCCGCUGCGGCGGCCGCGAGCCCGGCGUGCGCAACCUCGGCUUCCCCGACAAGAAGUACAAGCUCUUCGGCGUCUACUGCUUCAAGAAGGCCGGGGGAGACCCGCAGGGAGCCCCCAAAAGCGUGUGAUCUCCCCCCCCCGGCUGGCGCUGGCCC